AUGCAAUUCAAGAAAGCUUUGACCGUUUCUGCUGUUCUAGGUGCCUCCGCUCUAGCUGCCAACUCUUCUAUCGCAUCUUCAUGCAGUCUCGGUUCUCAAGCCACCGCCACCGCUCAAGCAGAUUUGGAUAAAAUCUCUGGCUGUAGCACAAUUGUCGGUAAUUUGACAAUUACUGGUGAUUUGGGUUCAGCUGCCUUGGCCAGCGUCCAAGAGAUCGAUGGUUCUUUGACUAUCUACAAUGCCACUUCUCUAUCUUCUUUCUCCGCUGACUCUGUCAAGAAAAUUACUGGUGAUUUGAACUUGAAACAAUUGACUAUUUUGACCAGUGCUUCCUUCGGCUCUUUGCAAGAGGUCGACUCCAUCAACUUGAUCACUUUGCCUGCCAUUGCUACCUUCUCUACUGAUUUGCAAAACGCCAACAACAUCAUUGUUUCCGACACUGCUUUGGAAAGUGUUGAAGGUUUCUCCACUUUGAAAAAGGUUAGCGUUUUCAACAUCAACAACAACAAAUAUUUGACCUCCUUCCAAUCUUCUUUGCAAAGUGUUUCUGACUCUUUACAAUUUUCUUCCAACGGUGACAACACCACUUUGGCCUUCGAUAAUCUGGUCUGGGCCAACAACAUCACUUUGAGAGACGUCAACUCCGUUUCUUUUGGUAGUUUGCAAACUGUUAACGCCUCCCUAGGUUUCAUUAACAACACUCUGCCAACUCUGAACUUGACCCAAUUGAACAAGGUUGGUCAAUCUUUGUCCAUUGUCUCCAACGAUGAAUUGUCCAAGGCUGCCUUCAAUAACUUGACUGCUAUCGGGGGUGGUUUCAUCAUUGCCAACAACACUCAAUUGAAGGACAUUGACGGUUUCAGCAAGGUUCAAACUGUUGGUGGUGCCGUUGAUGUCACCGGUAACUUCUCUACUUUGGAUUUGUCUUCCUUGAAGUCUGUUAGAGGUGGUGCUAAUUUCGACUCUACUGGUAACUUCUCUUGUAACGCUUUGAAGAAAUUGCAAAGCAACGGUGCUAUCCAAGGUGACUCCUUCGUUUGUAAGAACGGUAUCACUUCUACCUCCGUCCAGUUGUCUUCCACUUCUUCCGGAUCUUCCAAGAGCUCCGCUACCUCUUCCGCUUCUUCCAGUGGUGAUAGCUCCAAUGCUCAAGCUAGCGUUUCCGCUUCUUCCAACUCUUCCUCUUCCUCUUCUAAGAAGUCUAAGGGUGCCGCCCCAGAACUUGUUCCAGCUACUUCAUUUAUGGGUGUAAUUGCUGCUGUUGCCGUUGCCUUACUAUAG